UACUGUUACUACCUCUACUAUUCUAGGAUCUGGCCUGAUAACAACUUCAUCUCUCUGUGCUAUUGGGGUAUAGCAACUUGAACCGAUGUACAUGCGUAUAGGUUCUACGUUGUGAUUGACUAAUAUCAACUGUUAAAUUACAGUUGUUACCAAACUGUUUAAUGUCUUUUGCACAAUAAAACAUUUGAUGGCAACUUUAAAAAUCUUAAAUACUUAGUCAGUUUUAAAAGGAGAUUUUAUUAUUCCAAAACAAUGACGUACUUAUUACAAUAUUGAUAAAAUAAUUGUCAAAUUAUUUGUUAGUUUUUAUCCUAUGUUUGAGUGAAACUGUAUGCAGAAUCCGACGUAGUUUUUGUGAUUAUAGUUUUAAUGUCAAGUUGGCACAUCUAUACUCCAUGUUCUUAACAAAUAUUUACUUCUCUCAAGGUGAUUGCUAAUUUCCUGUUAAAAUAAUCUUUGUUGUAAAAUAAUUUGUGACUUAUCAAAAUUUAUUAUUGGUUGCAUUUGUGGUAGGCAUAUUUUUUAAUGCUAUUUAUUUUUAUUUAAUAAAAACGAACCCAUUAGAUAUUUGUAUACUUGUUUAGCAAAUGUUAUGUUCGCUUAAAGCCUGUAAUAUUGGGUCUAAUGAACUCAUGACAAGCAGUUAAAUGUAUACACUGUUAUUAUGUAUUAUUCAAUUUGGGACUAACUCUAACAUUUUGAGAUUAUUUCAGGUAUGUAGCAUAAUUAGUAUAAUGGUUAAAAGAUAACUUCUUACAGUUUUCUUAAUCUCUAUUCUGACGGGCGCAUAUCAGUUAAUUAAACUCGAAUAUCAAAUAAUUGACAUUAAGUGGAUGUAUUUGAUAAUCAUAAGCUUUUAUCAUCAGUAAACUGUAUCCAUAGAAUUAUACAUAUACUGAUAGAUUUUACGGAGAUAUUCACUAUUUCGAGUUCUUGUAUUUGGCUUUUGGUUGCUACAUUCUUCCGUCUUCCAGUCUCUGGCACACAUAGUAUUGUAGGUGCAACGAUGGGUUUUAGUCUUGUUGUUUUUGGACUCAAUGCUAUUCAAUGGAAAGGACUACUAAAAAUUGUUGGAUCAUGGUUUCUCUCACCUCUUCUAAGCGGUUUGGCAUCUAUCGGAGUAUUUUUCCUAAUGCGUUUUAUGGUGCUGAGAAAAGAAGAUCCUCUUGAACCUGCACUUAAACUUAUCCCAGGUUUUUUCGGCACAGUGGUUCUGGUCAAUAGUUUUUCAAUAUUUUACGAAGGACCUUCGCUGCUGAAAUUCGAUAGGAUACCUCUUUAUGGAAUAUUUAUAAUUAGCUGUGGUUUAGGUAUUAUCACUGUUCUACUUGUGAAGUUUGUUUGGGUACCUUUGGUUCGUCGACAUAUUUUAACUGGAGAAUCGAGUAGACAUAUUUUAAAAGGCUACUGUUCCCGUAAGAGCAAAAAGAAAUUGUCUGUCGCUGUAGACGAUAAGUAUCAAUCUGUUGAGGAUAAUAAAUCUUCCAAACUUUCAAGCAGUAAUCAUGAAUCGAUUGAUAUGGAUACGUAUGUACCUCAUGCAGAGGGAGAGGCUGUGGUUGGAUUUCGAAACAAUGUUGCCAGAGGAAAUACAGAUGACAAAGACAAACUUGGACGAUUUACUAAUGAAAAUAAUGGUGUAUUGCAGGGAUUAGAAAAUCAAAAUAAAGUUUCAAGUCAUUUCGAAGUGAAACCAAGUAAUCCAGAUGAAACAGUUUAUAAAAGAAAUCAGUUAAAUAAGGUUUUGGAUUAUUCACCAAAUGAUCAAAAUGCCAUCACGGAUGGUAGUCAUAAUUUAACUAAUGGUAAAAUGAAUGUAUCAUUUCCUCCUAACCUAUCUACAAUUGGUGAAGAACCAGAUCCUAUCGAUUCAGUUAAAGAUCGUCCUGCUGAAGCUCAAGUUUUCUCUUCUUUACAAAUUUUAACAGCUGUUUUUGGAUCAUUUGCUCAUGGUGGUAAUGAUGUAAGUAAUGCUAUCGGGCCGUUGAUUGGUUUAUGGCUUAUUGCUACAACACAGUCAGUUGAUUCAUCAAAAACUACAGAUGUUUGGAUUUUGGUUUAUGGUGGUGUUGGUAUAUCAGUUGGUCUUUGGAUAUGGGGUAGACGAGUUAUUCAAACAUUAGGUGAAGAUCUGACGAAAAUAUCACCUUCCAGUGGCGUUUGUAUUGAAAUUGGUUCAGCCCUAACUGUAUUAAUUGCUAGUAAAAUUGGUCUGCCAAUAUCAACUACACAUUGUAAAGUUGGUUCAGUCGUAUUUGUUGGACGUGCACGUUCUAGAGACAAUGUUAAUUGGGGUAUAUUUCGUAACAUUCUAGUUGCAUGGUUGGUAACCUUACCCGCUGCUGGUGCUAUCUCUGCUUUACUCAUGUAUAUAUUUACAUUUGUAGUAUGAAUUUAGUUUAUUAUAUUAUUAUUAUUAUUAAUAAAUAUUUUAUGAUUAAAAAAUCUGUUUUUAUAAGUAAAAAGAACGAACAGAAUAAACUAAAUCUCACAAAUCAUUAAUGUAACUUCUUGUCUGUAUCCUCAUUCAUUUUGAGCGAACUGAUUGAUUUUUUUCUGCUCACU